GAGGGAGAAAGGAAGGAGCAGACGCCGCCGGAGCAUCAUCAUCAUCAUCAUCAUCAUCCCCCGGGAGGGGAGGGGACCGACCAGGCUGAGCUUACCUGCUCCUGUUCCUGUUCAAACCUGGCACUGCUUAGCUUUGCAACACAACUAAACUCACCCAGGUAUUGUUUCCUGUUGGAGACCUAGUUGGGCAUCGGCAUUGGCAGAGGGCACCUUGUGAAUGUCACCAUGGAGAAGAAGGAGAACUUUCCAGCUCUUAAUUCCCUGAACGAGUACCAGCCGAUUGGGACAGCGGAUAAAAUUGGCCAGAGUGGCAACACUCAAAGGAAUGGUGGAAACCAAAGAACCAUGCAACUGAAAAAGGAAAUCUCUCUCCUUAACGGCAUCUGCCUUAUUGUAGGGAAUAUGAUUGGGUCCGGGAUAUUUGUUUCUCCCAAAGGAGUGCUGAACUACAGUUUGUCCUAUGGAUUAUCCCUAGUCAUCUGGGCCCUGGGAGGCAUGUUCUCCGUGAUCGGAGCGCUCUGCUAUGCUGAACUGGGCACCACGAUCACCAAGUCGGGAGCCAGUUAUGCAUAUAUCUUGGAGGCCUUUGGAGGCUUCAUUGCCUUUAUACGUCUGUGGACAUCGCUGUUGAUCAUUGAGCCCACCAGCCAGGCCAUCAUUGCAAUAACCUUCGCCAACUAUAUUGUGCAGCCAGUCUUCCCUUCUUGUCAGCCUCCGUACAUUGCUUGUCGUCUUAUCGCUGCGGCUUGUGUAUGUCUUCUAACGUUUAUAAAUUGUGCCUAUGUUAAGUGGGGAACAAGGGUGCAGGAUGCAUUCACCUAUGCCAAAGUCAUUGCUCUAAUUGUCAUCAUCGUUACAGGAAUUGUUAAACUAUGCCAGGGUUUAGCAGAGAGAAAAGCUCUGACUGAAUUAAGCUCUGAUAGCAUUAAUCCGUUUAGCAAUGCAUGGAUUUAUGCUAUACCCAACAAAUAUUUUAAGAACGUUCAUAUUUUCUUUUCGUUUGAUUUGACCAGGAAUUUGCCUCUCGCUAUCGCGAUUUCUAUGCCGAUCGUGACGAUUAUCUACAUCUUGACCAAUAUAGCUUACUAUACAGUGCUUGAUAUUAAUGCUAUCCUUUCUAGUGAUGCUGUUGCCGUGACGUUUGCUGACCAAGUAUUUGGGGUUUUCAGCUGGACCAUUCCAAUAGCUGUCGCCUUGUCCUGUUUUGGGGGGCUGAAUGCCUCCAUUUUAGCAUCAUCCAGGCUCUUCUUUGUAGGAUCUCGGGAAGGUCAUCUGCCUGACCUCUUAUCCAUGAUCCACAUUGGAAGGUUUACACCCGUCCCAGCUCUUCUCUUCAAUUGUACUAUGAGCCUCAUCUACUUGACUGUGGAAGAUGUAUUUCUCCUUAUUAACUACUUCAGUUUCAGCUAUUGGUUCUUUGUCGGGUUGUCCAUUGCUGGACAGCUCUACCUCCGCUGGAAACAACCAGAUCGGCAUCGACCACUCAAGCUGAGCCUGUUUUUCCCCAUCGUCUUCUGUAUGUGCUCGAUUUUUUUAGUGGUUGUGCCACUCUACAGUGACACCGUUAAUUCUCUGAUUGGCAUUGGAAUUGCACUCUCUGGGAUUCCAGUCUACUUCAUGGGGGUCUACUUGCCUGUAUCCAAAAGGCCACCUUUGGUCAGCAAAGUCUUAGGUGCUGUCACUCGAUCCACUCAGUUACUUUGUGAUUGUGUUCUGACGGAAAUGGAUGCUGUUGAAGAAAAAGAAGAAAGCAAAUCUAAUUAAACAUGGGGAAAAAAGAGUAGUUCAACCAGCUGCUCGGAUGAAAGUCUGGACAUGACAGUGCAGCCCAGAUCUUCUUUCUGGAUUUGGAGAUUUUACCCGGUUGACAUAAUUUGGUUGCCUUUUUGCUUGUUAGUUUUGUAAAAAUGAGAACGCUCACCAAGAUUCUCAGGCAUAAAUCACUACGUUUUUUUUUAAUCCGAUGUUUUUAAGCAGCAAAAUCAAAGGUCUUUAAGGAAAGUGCCCGAAGAUGGACAUUAGACAAUUAGUCUGACAAAAAAGAAAAUCUUGUCCAACUUACUAAAAUUGGAAAGUUUCAUCAGGUCUACCAAACAAUCAGUUGUUUAAUCCUGCACUAAUGAUUGUGACCAGCUAUUCCACCCAAGUGAUUGAAUAUGCUAGGAAGGUUUAUCUGCCUUCUUGAUCUUUAGAAGUAGUUUAACUCCAUUCUUCAUAUCCUCAAGAUGUUCAGAAGCUGCUGGUCAUCUCUUCCUGACUUCAAUUGCUUUGAUCAAAUUACAGAUUUAGAUGGAAGUGUAUUUGGAGUCAAUCAAAUUGGAAUCAACUCAACACAGUAGGGUACGAAGUCUAGGGCUUGGAAGCCAACAUUUUUAACCAGGAUAAUAAGCACCACAACUGUUCAUUUGGCUCUCUCCCAACAUUGGGCAUUGAACAUGUCAAAUUCAUGCUGCUUCAGCUCCCUGAUAUUUCUAAGGAUUUUAUACAGAACCAUUCUUAAUGUAAAAGUUGGACUUGGCUUGAGGAGCUAUCAAAACUUUUAUUACUGAGUUAAUAGGGUUCAUAGUUUUAAAAAAUGCACAUUUUUAAGGCACUUUCUUUAAUGCAAGUAGAAAAAAGUUUGUGUAAAGUGGUAUAGGAAGAAACUGUGAAGCUAUUUUGGGGGCAAAGACAGUUUCUCACUUGAUUAUGCUAGUUUUUAGUCUAAACAAGAGAAAGGUUAAGAACAGGGAUUCAGGCCCAAUGUAGUCCGACAGUCCACUUGAUUUUAUCAACGUCUUGAUUGUCCAUUUAUAUCUUCUCUCUCUGGGAUCACGUUUCCACCCUUAUCAGCUGCAAAUCAAUAUCAAUGAUUUUAUUUUAUUAGAAAAGGUUGCUUGGACCUCAUUAGGAAAAGCACCCUCAAUUCUGAACAUGCAUUUUGUUAGCUUCCCAAGCAGAGACUCUCUUCAAAAAUGUGUCAUGUUGUGUCUUUCUGUGUCUCUUGGUUGUUUCUAGAGGCACAGAAGCAAAAAGGUAGAAAUAUCCCUCCACCCCUCUGCUUCUCCUUUGUAUGCAAUUGGAUAAAAAGUUUAAGUACUCUCACAAUGGAUUACACCUGAGAAGAGGCUCCGAUCAGUUGUGAGCUUUGCUCACUUUUAAUUAUGUGCAUGUGUAAAUUUCCACAGCUUAAUUGUCAAAAUCAUUGGUACUGUGUUCUUAAGUACUUAUUAUAAAUGGAAGGUAGUUAAAAAAACAGCAACCGAUCUAUACAUGUAAUUAUCCAUUUUUUUUAUUCAAACAAAAAUUGGAUUUGCUUUCAGAUUUGAAUCCAGUUAUAAUCAACUCUAAUAAGAGGAGUGCUAUUUAUUGUAUUGCUGAAGAACCCAGAAAGGAACAGUUUUUGAAGCUUUGUCUCUCAGUUCUUAUGAAAACCAAAUGAUUUGAAUCGACCGCAUUAGAUCAAAAAUGUCUUUGAAAAUGUACUACAUCCAUUUAUCUUGGUGCUUUUUAAUUAGGUUUCAGUCUCAUAGUGCAAUAGAAAUGUGGCCAAUAAACAUUUUAUUUAGUUUAACAGGAUGGCAUUAAAAUUUUAAACUAUACCCGGGAUUGUUUUUAUACUCCAUUCUGCUGUUAAAAUGCAUUUUAUUGUUUUAUAGAAAGACUGAACUGUUUUAUCUCCUGACCAGAUCAGUUAGUUGUCACAACAGCAAAUUUUGUAGUUCCUGUAUGUACAAGAACUUUGGAGAGGGGGAAAUUAAAAUUCCACCAUGUGGAAAUAAAAAAAAAAAGAGCACAUGAA